ACUAACAAACUCAGAGUUUCAGCAGUUUUUCGGUUCAUCACGCCCUCCCCCACUCCCCCUUUUCAAACCGCUACUAUUUAUACCAUCUUUAUAAUCUUCUUUCCGUCCUAUCAUUUUGGUAUUGAAAAUUAUUUUGGGAUUUCGAUGGAGUUCACGGAUGGUGCUGAGAAGGUCAAGGGAUCAUGGACUCCGCAGGAAGACGAGACGCUGGUGAAACUGGUGGAGCAGCAGGGGCCGAGGAAUUGGUCGCUUAUUAGCACCAGCAUUCCGGGGCGUUCGGGCAAGUCUUGUAGGCUUAGGUGGUGUAAUCAGCUCAGUCCAGCGGUGCACCACCGGCCUUUCUCCCCUGAGGAGGACGCGGUCAUCGUGCAAGCCCACGCGAUGCAUGGGAACAGGUGGGCGACUAUCUCUCGGCUUUUGCCAGGGAGGACUGACAAUGCUAUCAAGAAUCACUGGAACUCCACGCUGCGGCGUAGGAGGAUUGCUGAUGCGGGCAAGAGGGGUUAUCUGGAUGUGAUUAGUGGGUCUUCGGAGUCUGGUUUGGGAGUCAAGAGGCGAUGUUCGGGAGGGUCACCAGAGGAGAACAGCUGUGAUGAUUGUGAACCCAAGACUUUGCUGACACUGUUGCCUCCGGGAGGUAAUCCUGUCAAGGAAGAGACGCGUGUUUCGCCAGAGGUGGAGGACGAGGAGAAAGAAAAGGAAGGAUCGACGGUGGUGGAGAUGGAAGAUACUGGUUUGGUGAGGAUGAUGCAGAGGAUGAUUGCUGAGGAGGUUCGAAGCUAUAUUGAUAGCUUGAGGGCGCAAGGUGGAUCAGGGGCAGGGUUUGAAUAUGUUGCCAAUGAGCAGAAUUAACCAUGAGAAAUUAGUUUUUGAGUUCAACUUCUUGUAUUUUUAGUUGUAUUCAUAAUUUUCUUUGUCCAUGAACUAAAAAAUCUUGCCAAAUGAAAGUUGCUUAGUUGCUCAAAAGCCUCAAAUGUGUAUGACUCAAGGGUCCAUUUGGAAACAUAUAUUUCAUUUCAAUUGAUGAAUUUCAAAUGACA